UACAAGUGUACUUGGAUGAAAAACAUAGACCAUAAAAAUAUUCUUGAUAAUAUUACUGAUAAAGCAGACCAAUUUUUUCCCCACCAAACAAAUUCACACUCUGCUUUCUAUAUAAGCCUCACUCUUCAUCCACCAAAGCUCAAGAAACAGUGUGCUAUAACAAUGGCUCAUCAGUCUCUUUACCUUCUCUUCCUCGUUGUCUUAUCAUCAAUCAGGAGCCAUGUAAUUCAAGUUGAGGCUCGCCAUCUUCUGGACGCAACUUUGCCAGAUCUCCCCAUUGGUCUCCCAAAACCUGAGCUACCAACAUUACCUAUGCCCAAUCUUCCACUGCCGCAGCCUGGAUUGCCCACACUACCUAUGCCCAAUCUUCCACUGCCGCAGCCUGGAUUGCCCACAUUACCUAUGCCUAAUCUUCCUCUGCCACAACUUCCAAACCCUCAGCUGCCACCUUUGCCCAAACCGGAUUUGCCAUUACCUAUGCCACAACUUCCCAAACCUCAGCUACCUCUGCCACAGUUGCCAAUACCAUUGCCACCUCUGCCAAGCCCUUAAGUACUAAUGUUCCUUCAAUGAUUGGGAAGUGUACUACGUGCUAUCCAGGAUGACUCGUUUGUAUCAUUAUUGUCGUAUUUGUGAACCUGCUCAUGUUAAUGUUGUUAAACUUUCGUAUGUAAUCUCUUAUUAGUAAGUCAAUUGUUUGUCAGUUAACAUUAUUAAAUUACUUCUGUGAAUGA